CGGUUUGGUGACACAAAAAGGAAACGACAGUUUGAAAAAAGAUUUUGGUAUCCUCCCGGAUUCCAAAGCAGCAGCAGAAGAAGAAGAGACGGCUUGUCAUUUCAGAAAUAAAUUUCUUCCUUUGCAUUAUAACCUGUGGCUUCCCCAUGCCGAUAUUUAUAAUCUGAAUUUGUUUGCUCAAGAGAGAGAAAAGGGCAGCAAUAAACACUCAUCGGUUCUCAUUCCUCCUCCUGGUUUUGGACACCAAAUCAGUAUCUUCAAGAGAAAGGUUUGCGCUUUCACUUCCUUAACAGAGACAUAAACUAAAUCCGACUUCACUAUUCUGUCUGGUUUUGCUUUUCGUUCCGGUGGCAGCAGAGAUAAGCAAGAUGUAAAGAGAACCACCAACGUACCGCUUGACAAUGGAUAUUGAGUUUGACAAUCUCAGUGACUUACCAAGUGAUGUUACGGAAAAGAUUUUGUCAUUUUUGCCAAUGAAAGAGGCAGUGAGGACAAGUAUAUUAUCAAGCAAGUGGAGGUACAAAUGGGCUAUGCUUCCAGAUCUUGUGUUUGAUGAACUGGGUUUCCCAGGAGUACUUUAUAAGCAUGACAAAUUAGUGAAAAUGGUUGAUCAUGUGCUCUUCCUUCACAUUGGUCCAAUAAACAAGGUCAAGCUUUCUCAUAAAGGUCUUAAUGGCACCGCAGAUAUCGAUAGAUGGAUUCUUCAUCUAUCAAGAAAUUCUAUGAAAGAGUUCACAUUUGAGUUUUGGAAAAAGCCUGAAUACAAGAUGCCUUCAUGUUUGUUUUCCUGUCAAGAUUUGGUUCAUUUGGAUUUGAGUAAUUGUUUGCUAAAACCUCCGCGCACAUUCAAGGGCUUCAAGAGUUUGAAGAAACUUCAAAUUGAAAGUGUUACCCUGACCCAAGAUGAGUUUGAAAAUCUAAUUGUUUGUUGUCCUCUGCUGAAAUAUUUGACCAUGAUAGAUUGUCGUGGUUUCACCAAGCUCAAGAUUGAUGCACCAAAUCUCCGAAUCUUAGGCCUUAAUUGUGCUUUUGAGGAUCUUAAUCUUCAGCACACCUUAAAGCUUACAAUUAUUUGCAUUUCUUUGGAAGCUAAUGGCGACCAAGGACCGGUUCCUGGCAGUUCUAGCAAUUUGCUCAAGCUUUUGGCUCAAUGUGCUCAUGUUCAAGGUCUUGAUAUUCAAAAUUACUUUUUAAAGUAUUUAGCUGUUGGUGACUUACCGGUAAAGCGUCCUAAACCAUGUCUGCAUCUGAAGUUGCUUCGUAUAAACAUAGAUUUCAAUGAUCUGAAGGAGGUUUUAUCUACUUUAUACCUUCUGAGAAGCGCCCCUUUUCUACUAAAACUAUAUAUCACGACCAUAUGUAGGUUCGUCAAGAGGGACAGGCUCUUGUGGGAGAGGUGAACUCUUGGUUAGAUGACAACCAGAAUUUCCAACUCAGAAAACUGCAAAUUGUGGAAGUACAUGGCAUCAGUAGCACCAAAGCUGGACUAGAUUUCAUCAAAUUUCUGCUUUUAAAUUCACCAAUGCUUGAGAAGGUGUUUUGCAAGCCUGCAUCUUACUAUAGGUCUCUGGAACUAUUAAAAAAGAUGAUCCAGUUUAAGCGUUCCUCAGCCCUUGCGGAGAUAAUCUACUUGGACCCAUGACCCAUCACUGAAUUUCGGCAGCUGACAGAAUUUUCUUACUGAAAUGUUGGUGUGGUACAGUCAUGAUUAUGUGAUGCAUGUUGGUGUGGUUUGUCUCAACAAUGUUUAGAAUGGUUCCUUGAACAAUGUUUCCAACAGUACCCUUGGAAUUAGUCUUGUUUAGACAGGGAAAAGUAUUCAAGAUUUCCAAUUCUCUUUUGUUGGUUAAGAAAUAAAUAAAUGAACAGUUCGAACA